UGCCAACAGGAUGGACAACUACAAGGUAAUAAAGAGGCUUGGCAAGGGUGCCCAAGGUGCCGUCUUUCUGGUGGAGCACAAGCAGCAGAAUAAGCAGUAUGUCCUCAAAAAGGUUGAGUGCAAUGAUGAAAGUGAGGCAAACAAGGCUUUCAUGGAGGCCAUGGCCCUCAAAGAGUUACAGCAUAGAAGUGUUUGUGGGUACAGAGAAUUCUUUGUACAGUGGGAAAAAGAGGAGUCUGCCAUGUUUGUGUGUAUAGUGAUGGACCAUUACAAACUUGGGGAUUUAGAAAAGGUGCUUAAACAGAAGAGAGAUAAGAAAGAAAACAUCGAAGAACUGAUUAUUAAAAAGUGGCUAGGCCAGAUAGUGGAGGCCCUGGUGUUUGUUCACAAAAAAGGUAUAAUCCACAGGGACUUAAAACCUAGUAAUAUCUUCAUGAAGGAGGACCUGAGUAUAUGCUUAGGUGACUUUGGUGUGGCCACAGUGAUGGGGGAUGCCAGGACUAAAACUAGGACCACAGUGGGUUCCAUGAACUGGAUGGCGCCAGAGGUUCUGGAGAAACCAUAUGAUGAGAGAAGUGAUGUGUGGUCCGCUGGGUGCAUAUUACUGGAGAUGGCCACAUGUGGACGGCUCAUGAAACAAGAAAUAGCACAGAAGCUGUUUGAGAUAAAGAAUGAUCCACAAGUACUAGAACAAGUUUUAGAAGACAUUCAAAAACAGAAAUACUCUGCUGAUUUGGUUUCUUUGAUCCGUAUCAUGCUGAGAAGAAAUUUUAAGCAAAGGCCAACAGCGGUGGAGCUGUUAGAUCUGCCCUAUAUACAAGACUGCCUUGUGUUAUGUGACUCUGAACUUGCAGAGAAAAAGAAGAAAAAACAAUCUAGUAAUCAGGAGAAGAAGCCAGUCCCUAAGGACCAGGGUGUGCCUCCUGUGCUGAGUUUCAUCAGAGAAAACAUCAAUAAUGACGGCAGUGUACGGGAUGCCCUAGAAUACUUAGCUGCACUCACUAAACAGGAAGGAAUUACUGUCACAGAUGAUGGAAAGAGACUGAUAGCCAAAGCUAUGAAUGCCAAUCUCAAAGACUUACAUAUACAGAUUGCAGCAUGCAAUGUUUUAAAUAAUCUCAUCAUAUCAGCUGAUCCAGAUGAUGCAUUAUACUCCAAAGAGAUUAUAAAACAAGUUUAUCUUGCCAUGAAGACUCACUCUGCAGAAGCAGCACUUCAGCAGGUAGCCUGCUCCUUGUUGAUGGCUUUUUCAUCUAAUGAGCAAGCAGCUGAGGUGAUAGGAGAGAGUGGUGGGAUUCAGGAGGUCCUGGCAGCUAUGAGGUCAUUCCCAGGAAAUGCUACUCUGGUGGCCACUUGCUGUAAUGCACUCUGGAGUCUAGCUGUCAAUGAAAAAAAUUCCAAGAUAUUAGCUGAAGAGAAGGGUUUACAAGAUGUCUAUAAUGCUAUGGUGACACAUGCAGACCAUGUAGAUUUGAUAGAGGCUGCAUCAGCUGCCAUGUUGUCAUUGUCCAUGGAGGAUGACAACCUAGAAUACCUUGGUAAUCUGGAUUGCGUGGGGCUCCUGCUCAGUGCCAUAGAAACUCACAAGAAGGAAGCCAAGGUAGUCAAGAAUGCUUGCAUGGCUCUGGCCAGCUUAGUAGAGCCAGAUGAGGAAAGUGCCUACAAAGUACUGAACAAUGACCGUGAUGGUGUGAAUGUGGCAGGUAUACCUAUCAUUAAAGAGGUGUAUACUCAACACAGAGACAAUGCAGAGGUUGUGGAGAAUAUCUGUACUCUAUUUAUGGAACUCACAGAAUAUGAAGAUAUAAGAGAUGAACUACAGGCACUAGGUAUAGAUGGUAUAUUAAAGGAAGUUCAAAAACGCUACAAAGAAAAUGGGGAUGUUAUGGCUCCAUGUGAGGCUGCCUUGGCCAAGCUGGGAGGUGGCAAAGUCAAGUCCAGACCCAUAUCUGCCAGAAACAGGAAAUCAUAGUUAUAACGCAGGAACGGAUAGUCCUACUAAAUGCAGGGAAAUGUAGUCCAAAUGAUUGGCACUAGGUUUACCAAUGUCAGGUUUAUCACUGGAGAAAGGAAAGUUCUACAGCUUGCAGAAGUCACAUUUGCCAGUAGAUAUUGCAGUAUUUAACUGAGCUCAAAAUUGCUGAAUAUGACCUUAUGUACAAUGGUUAAGGGAUAAGCUAUAUAUAUGGGAUACAUAGGGGCUUUUUUCUUAAAAUUCUUAAAAUUUGCUGCUGUAUUUUAACAACCAUUGCACACAAGAAUAUUUAGAUGUCUUUAUAGCAUUAUAAGAUGAUUUAAUUGUCAUCAUAUUUUCAGCAGAUAAGGGUAUCCUAAGAUAUGAUAAAGUAAAAAGGAUGUGCUGAAAUAGUAAAAAGACCAAAAAAAAAGAAGAAAAAAAAACUCCCACUUACCUGCAGUAGUUUGAUAAGUACUGGGCUGUAGUUUGAUAUUCUUAACAGGGGUAGCAGCAGUCAUCACAUUACCAGUUCUAACUAUUCUUUUCCCAGAGAGAGGUCACUAUGUUCAGAUUUAUUAAUCACGUUUGUGAAACCCAGCCAUGUGCUGUUUUACUGGAAAACAUUUGAAAAACUGCAUGGUAUCCCAGUGUCAUUGUACAUACCAUUCCAGCUGGUCAAAAUUGUCAUAACUCAUUUGUAUUAGAAUUGGUGCCUCACAGUUCACCUUGUGUUGUAUGUUGGUGCAUAUGUUGAUUUAUAAGAACAAACCCAUUGUUUUGUGUUUAUCUUUCAACAAUAAUUUAAAUGAAAAAAUUAUUAAGACAAAGUAGUGCUUGUAGAAUAUUUGGAGAUUUUUUGUGAAUGCGUGCAUGAUUCUGUUUGAUGAAAGUUGACAAUUUCAGAGCUGUGAAAAUUGCUACUUACUCUGUUUGCUUUGCAAAGAAAAGUGACACCAACUUUUUUUUUUCUCCGUCCAGUUGCUGAGGCUCCAUUAGUCCAAAUCAUAAGAGCAUAAAAGCCGUCCACUUAUAUGUAUUGACAGGGUGGGGGGUCUCAGUUGUAAAUAUAUCAUUGUUAAUCAUCUGUAUAAAUAUUAUAUUUUUACUUUCAUGUUUUACGUGAAUAAUCCGUAUUUUGACAUCUAGAUUACUAGUAUUUAACAAUCCUAGAAAUGAUUUGUUUGAGCUAUAUGGAAUGAUUGUCAUAAGUUUUGAAGAUUUUCUCAAAUUAUUUUUGAUCAAUUCAGAAUUAUUUACAGUGAGGUUAAAAAAGCAUAUAUGUUUUCCACUUCUUAUUAAAGUUUUGCUAAACUUUAUCUCUACAGUUUUUUUCAUUCAAUAUCCAUGUAACAUAGCAGGUCUUAAAAUUCCAUGACACCUGUGAUUUUAUUUAACAAUACAAUUUAAUGUAAUUUGAUAUUAUUUUUCAAUAAAAGAGUAUUCUAUUCCUUAUAAA